AUGUCUGCUGCAUUGUUUCUGGUGGCGGCUUUGGUGCCGACCGCGUUGGCCCAGGCCAACACCUCCUACGUGAACUACUUGACGGAGGCUCAGCCCAAUCUCGAUGCCCAGACACUCGCAACGAUUACUCUUUCCUUCCCUGACUGUGCUCAUGGUCCAUUGAACAAGAGCUUGGUGUGCGAUACCUCGGCGAGACCCCAUGACCGCGCGGUGGCUCUUGUUUCCAUGUUCACGUUUGAGGAGCUCGUGAACAGCACCGGAAACAACAUUCCGCCAAUUCCUCGCCUUGGUCUACCACAAUAUCAAGUUUGGAGUGAAGGUCUGCAUGGGCUGGACCGUGCCAACUUCUCGGACUCUGGAGACUACAAUUGGGCCACCUCAUUCCCACAGCCGAUUCUUACUAUGGCUGCCCUCAACCGCACCUUGAUUAACCAAAUCGGUGACAUCAUUUCGACCCAGGGACGCGCAUUCAACAAUGUUGGUCGAUAUGGUCUCGACGCAUACGCGCCAAACAUCAAUUCUUUCCGUCAUCCGGUUUGGGGUCGCGGACAGGAGACUCCUGGCGAGGAUGCUUACUGCCUGGGCUCAACCUACGCCUACGAAUACAUCACCGGUAUGCAGGGUGGCGUUGACCCAGAUCACUUGAAGAUUGUAGCCACCGCGAAGCACUUCGCUGGGUACGACAUUGAAAACUGGCAUAACCACUCCCGCCUGGGUAACGACUUGAACAUCACCCAGCAGGACCUAGCGGAGUACUACACUCCUCAGUUCCUUACCGCCGCUCGCGAUGCUCGUGUACACAGCGUCAUGUCAUCGUACAACGCUGUUAACGGCGUGCCAAGCCCAACCAACUCUUUCUUCCUUCAGACCCUGCUCCGCGACACAUGGGGCUUUGUGGAAGAUGGAUAUGUCUCAUCCGAUUGUGAUUCGGUUUAUAAUGUCUUCAACCCGCACGGGUACGCUGCCAAUGUUUCCAGCGCCGCCGCCGACUCCAUGCGCGCUGGAACUGACAUCAACUGCGGAACUUCUUACCAGUACUACUUGAACGAUUCCUUUUUACAGGGCGAGAUCUCCCGAAGCGAGAUCGAGCGCGGAGUUGUCAGACUUUACUCCAGCCUCGUGAGCCUGGGCUACUUUGACGGCAACAACAGCAAAUAUCGCAACCUUGAUUGGUCUGAUGUCGUUUCUACCGAUGUAUGGAACAUUUCGUAUGAGGCGGCCGUUGAGGGUAUUGUCUUGCUCAAGAACGACGGCACCCUGCCGUUGUCCAAAAACAUCAGCAGUGUCGCAUUGGUUGGACCUUGGGGCAACGCUACCCAGCAGAUGCAGGGCAAUUAUUAUGGAAACGCUCCUUAUCUGACCAGUCCGCUGGCGGCUCUUCAGGCCUCGAACCUAAAAGUUAACUAUGCCUUCGGCACCAAUAUCUCAUCUGAUGCCACCGCUGGCUUUGCUGAUGCUGUCUCUGCUGCGAAAAAGUCUGAUGCAAUAAUUUUUGCAGGAGGUAUCGACAAUACUAUUGAAGCAGAAGGUAUGGACCGCUCUAAUAUUACGUGGCCGGGUAACCAGCUCCAGCUCAUUAAGCAGCUGAGUGAGCUAGGCAAGCCCCUGAUUGUUUUGCAGAUGGGCGGUGGUCAGGUCGAUGACUCAACCCUCAAGGCGAACAAGAAUGUCAACGCUCUCGCCUGGGGUGGAUAUCCUGGCCAGUCUGGUGGACAGGCUCUCUUGGAUAUCAUCACCGGCAAACGUGCUCCUGCUGGCCGAUUGCCAGUGACUCAAUACCCAGCGGAGUAUGCGAUGGAAUUCCCUGCCAUAGACAUGAAUCUGCGUCCCAGCGGAGAUAACCCCGGUCAGACAUACAUCUGGUAUACCGGGAAGCCUGUUUACGAGUUUGGACACGGUCUGUUCUACACAACUUUCAAGACCUCCCUUGCACGGUCAAGAAGUUUGAGCAACGGGACCUCUUUCGAUAUUGUUGACCUUCUGUCGCGCUCGCACGAAGGCUACAAUGUAGUGGAGCAGGUCCCCUUCCUGAACUUCACCGUUACCGUCACCAACACUGGAAGUGUCCUAUCAGACUACACAGCCAUGCUGUUUGCCAACACAACAGCUGGGCCGGCGCCCCUCCCCAACAAGUGGCUGGUUGGCUUCGACCGCAUCGGCUCUCUGAAGUCUCACGCCUCCCAGGAAAUGACUCUCCCUGUCUCCUUGGAUGAUGUUGCCCGUACGGACUCACUGGGAAACCGCAUUGUCUACCCUGGGAAAUACGAACUAGCCUUGAACAAUGAGCGCUCGGUGACCCUGUCAUUUACCCUAACUGGGAAUGAGACUGUCAUCUCAAAAUGGCCGCUUGAUGAGCAGCAGAUUCCGCCUGCAUAA